GUACACAAUUGACUGCUACACACAGAUACGUCCGUAGCACGUUAAGCAAACAACAAUCUCAAUAUCAUAUUUUUUCCAAAUUUCAUGUAGAGCCUACAUCAUACGGUUUAUUCACCUUCGCGACAGCCCUGGAAAUACUCCUUUCGAUGGAGUUUCGACAUCACCAUCACUAUCUGGGGAAUCGAGGUGGUUAACUGAAUAUACAUAUAUCACUAAGUCGUUGGACAAGUUUAUUCUGUUCUGAUGCUUGGGUGUUGUUCAUAGUAUUUGGAUAUUGCCAGUGGCAAAAUCAAUUAACCACGCUCGAAGUCAUCGAGUCCGCUGCCAUGUCGAAAUCGGAUCCGACGACGGCAUCGGCAGCAGAUGCCAAGCGAUCCCGCCUCUUCUUCAUUUGCAUUCCAAGGUCUGGGUCGACAUCACUCCUAAAAUGUUUGAGCUUCAUUGACGGGCUCGAGGCGUGGUUCGAGCCGUAUGUCAUCGCCAAGAUCGCUCUUCAACUGUACAAGGCAGACAAGGGGAAAGAGCUACCGACGGACUGGACAGAAGAGUACCGAGCAGAGUUUGACCACGCUGCUCAAUUAAUACAUAACAUGAAUAAUCUUCCCUUAGUAGAAGGACAGAAAUAUUCAUUUUCGGACCUGAAAGAAUGCCUUGAAAAUCUUGAAAGCUCCAAGGUCGUCGUCAAAGACAUGGGCGGAUCAUUCUGCGGUAAUCGAAAACGAUACCUUCCUUCCCGUGACAGUGGCUUCAGGUAUGUCUUCAUCAUCCGAGAUCCUCAACUUGCGAUCUCUUCCUACAGAAGAGCCACCCUGCAAACAUCUCUCACCUUACCCGGUCACCUCGUUGGCAAAACAGAAGAGAACUUUGAUCUCCUCGUCGAUGAUCCCUACUACUUCUCUUCCGGUGGCAAUUACUUCAACAUCCAUGCGGCCUGGAAGUAUGUACGAGAAAACCUUGACCCAGACCCGUUGAUCGUAGAUUGUGAAGACUUGAUGGCCAACCCAAAGCCAUACCUACAGAAGAUCUGUGAGGUUGGAGGGUUGGAGUUCCAAGAUGGACUUUUAAAAUGGGAUGCUUCCAUCGAUAUCAUCAAGACCUGGAAGAAUCCUGGGGGAGUGCCGAAGAUGCUGUCAACUGGUCUUGGGUAUUUCCAUCGAACAGCCAUCAACAGCUCUUGCUUUCAUUUCAGUAAGAAGGAGAAGCCUCCACUCUCAUCUGCAACUAAAGAUAUACAGAGGGCCGUUGCCAAAGGAACAGAGUAUUACAAUGAAAUGUAUGAACUGCGAUUUAAGCCUUUAUGAAAAUUCAAGGUAACAUGAUUACAGGUAAAUUAUCACAUUCAUACAAAUGAGCUCCGUGAACUUUCUUUGUUUUUAAUUGUUGAAACCAAUGUCUUAAGAGGUUUUGUAAAACUUAUUGACUAUUCAUGGGUUAUAUUUACUUUGCUUCCCUCGAAUCCUGAAAAAUUAUAAGUUAUUAUAUAAAGUU